AUGUGUCCCCCUCCACAAGGGGGAUUUCAAGGCCCAGCCUACACCCAGCAGGUGCCCACCACAGUUGUGGUCCACUCUCCAGCACCAGUGCUCUUCUCAACGGCCCUGCAGGACGUCUCCGGACAGGCCAUGUGCCCUCACUGCCGCCAGACUGUGUUAACUCACAUUCAGCCCACACCGGGACUCCUGACCUGGCUUCUGUUCGGUGGACUCUGCCUCUUUGGGUUUUGCAUCUGCAGCUGCAUUCCCUUCUGUGUUGAGUCCUGUCAAGACGUGGAGCACCACUGCCCAAACUGUCGAAGGGUCAUCUAUGUCUACAAGAGAAUGAAAUAA